UCAAAACAAGGAUGUUGCUGCUGCUGCUGCUGCUUGGCUAACGCACACAUACUGUAUGUCCUCUAGUCUGAGCUGCUUUGAGCCACACUGUUUCAUCUGGUGCUAUCAGGGCUGAUGAGAGCCUCUCGUCUUUCUGGGUCUGCUGCAGCUGCUGUGUGACACACAGAAAUGCUGUGAAGGUAUGUCUGUGCCUCGUGGGUGUUGCUUCAGUUCAGUUGAAUUUUAACGUUUCAUGGUUGUGUUAUGGUUUUAUCAUCAUGAUAUCCACAUGGGUGUCAGUGAUUGUCAUGCUGGUGGCAUUCGUGAAUGGAGCGAGAAAUGAGGAUGACAUACAGCCGUGUGCAGAGGUUCAGACGUCAAGCUCAGUGGUGCCUUUGGGGUCACCUGUCACGGCCACCUGUGUCAUCAGAGACGGCUGUCAUCUGGUCAUUAGACAAGCUGUUCAUAUAGAGUGGCGCCUUGGGCAUCACUCUCUCCCCAGCAGCCAGGUGGCCAAUGAGAGUGGCAGGUUUUCUGAGGUUGUUAUACCGAGCUUCAAUCACACCAGGGAGUUCCUCACCUGCUGUGUCCAGGCCUCUCCAGUUCAAGUAGUAGGAGGAGUGGAGAUCAGAGCCGGAUAUCCACCAGAAGCACCCCAAAACUUCAGCUGUCAGACAAACCUCACCACCCCUGAAACCCUGACCUGUAGCUGGGACCCUGGGCAACAGGAGACCCACCUGCACACAAUGUACACCCUCCACAUCAAGAUAUGGGAUUCAAACGAGAACCACACUUACGAACUACUGCCAGGAGUCCACCGUUACACCAUCCCUCGCUCUGGUUUUGUUCUCUUCUCAAAUAUGGAAAUAUACGUGAAGGCGGUAAAUGAACUUGGAGAAGCAGCCUCAGCACCUAUCAUCCUGGAACCCGUCAGUGCAGCUAAGUUUGACCCACCAACGAUUUUGAAGGUUCAAGUGGUGCCUAAAAAGUACGGCUGCCUGAAGCUGAGCUGGAGCUUAUCUCAGCAGCAGGCCUGGAUGCGUGACUACCGCUUCAACCUGGAAGUCCAACUAAAGACUGCUGACAGCAGCCAAAGGAGUGAACAACCAAUCCUGGUGAGCCAUGUUAGACCAACCAGAUCUGUGGAUCAGUGCCGUCUUCUCCACGGGACUCAGUAUCUCGUCCAGAUCAGAGUCAGAUACCAGCAGGGCCCCUGGAGUGAAUGGAGCAGCAGCCGGUCUGGAGUCACCUUGGAGAGUGCGCCCACUGGACGCCUAGACUCGUGGAUGAAGGCAUCGGGGGAUCACAUGCACAAACAACUCAACAUACACUUGUUUUGGAAGCCAUCAAAACAAUUCCGUGCCAAUGCCCAAAAUGUGUCAUAUAUUGUCUCAGUGAAAAGGUUGCCAGGUGAAAAGGGAAAGUUGUGCUCUACAAAGGGGAAUUACUGUACUUUCAAGCUUCCCUGGAAAGCAAAGAAAGUGUAUCUGAGUGCUAUAAAUGCAGCAGGGAAAUCCCAUCCCACUGAAGUUCGGAUUUACCUACCUAAAGCUUCUUCAGUGAUAUCAGACGUCACAGUCCUUCCUCAUGAUGACAGAUCCUUACUGGUCCAGUGGAGAAGCCUGGUUUCUUCCAGUCUCACUGGUUUUGUGGUGGAAUGGAGACCUUUGUUAGAAACAGACCUCACUCUCACCCAGUUUGAAAUAACUGACAGAAACCAGACACAAUUUCUUACAACAGGCAGCUUUGAGCCCUACAAGCCCUAUGGGAUCUCUGUGUAUCCUAGGUUUAAGGAUGGGAUAGGCCUUCCUCAGACUGUUAAUGCCUACUCAAGACAAAAGGCUCCAUCCAUGGUUCCAAAAAUACAAAUUAAGAAGAUCUGGCAGUCACAUAUUGAGCUUACCUGGAACGAAAUGCCACUAGACCAAAGGAAUGGAAUUAUCCAGAACUACAAAAUCUUCUACUGGGAUAAGAAGGGACCCAUUAAGGUUGUGAAUGCUGACCCGGAAGAGAGGAGAGUGGUCCUCAAAGACCUCAACACUGUGUCUCCCUAUGAAGCUUUCAUGAUGGUUAGCACGUUCGGUGGGAGCCUCAACGGGUCAACAAUUCAUUUCGAAAUUGAGCCCUUCGAUGUGGUUGCUGUUGUGAUGAUUGUAACUGUGUCUGGUGUUGGACUGUCAUUGUUGAUUAUCUUCAUAGUCCUGGCUUGUUUCUCCAACCAACAAAGGCUGAAGGGGCAGUUUUGGCCAGCUGUUCCUGAUCCAGCUAAUAGCAGCAUCAAGAGAUGGACAUCAGAAUCAACGCAGGAUUCCCAUCUUUCCUGGGACAAUGAGGAGCCUGAUCCAAUGUACCUGUCCCACCUGAGCUUUCUGGACCUCCCUGUAAAACGAAGUAAAGAGGACGAUGACCCAUGGUUAAGCAAUGCAGAGGACACCAGUGACCUGGGAGAAUCCAUUUGUGGUUCACCAUUCAUCCGUGGCUACUCUGGUUCAAACAGCGACUCUGUUCCCUACGCCACUGUCAUCUUCUCCAGUCCAUGCAACAGCCCUACGCCUAAAGAGGCUCAUGUCUACCUGCGGUCUGAGUCCACGCAGCCUCUCUUGGAAACUGAAGAAUCCUUCAGUCCAAAGUGCUACCACAAUAUGGCGAAUGAUAGGAUGCCAAGUGAGCAAUGCUUUUUUGGGCCGAGCCAUGAUUGUGUACCUGAAAAAGGGGCAGACCCAGGCAUUCUGUGGGAUGACUUUCCUUUUCUACGCGCAUUAGCCUUGAAUGAUACUCAAAAUGACUAAAAGUACUUUGAUUAUAAGAGUAGCCGCUUUGCAAAAUGUUUAUGUAGGUCUGAGUUUGUAAGGAGCUGAUUGUGAUAAGUUGAUUGAGCAGAGCACACAGCUGUAAAUACAUGCAAGAUUUAAUGCUAAAAUCACUUUGAUAUUUAAUGAUUUAACUUUGUAGAUACAUCACCUCUAUAGAAAAUACAUUUUCAAAGAAAAAAAUCAAUAUUGUUGAGAUGAUGAUGUUGUGGCUUAUAUGUGGAAUUUCUCUUUGAAUAAAAUAAUUAAACUAUACAUA